AUGGCGGACUACGACCAGAGACCGCGCGGAGGUCGCGGCGGGGGCUACAAUAACCGCAAAAGGAGAUACAGAGAUGAGGAAGACUACGACCGCCGCCCGCAACGACGCCGCUACGAAGAACCUCUCCCUGUCAAAGUCCGGAAACAGCUUCUUGCCAUUGCGGAAUCGCCGCUUAAACCUGUGGAAGAGGAGGUGGGCGUUAUUGCAAAGACUGUUUGCGACAAUUAUGAGGAUGCAGAGUUGCGGAAUAGCUUUUGCGAACUGGUGGUGCAGUUGGUGGUUGAGCAGCCCUUUAAGACCCCGUUUGUUGCAGCGGUGGUGCUGGUGGUUAACACGUUGAAGAGCGAGAUUGCUGCGGAUGUGUUGGCUAGAGCAGCUCAGAAGGCGAACGAGGGCAUUAAACGGGGGGAGUGGAGGGAGGUGAAGCUUUUGAUGAAGUUCUUGGGGGGCUUGCAGGGUCUUUUGGAAGGAGAUGGUAUCUUCAGCGUGUUGCAGGACCUUUUGACUAAGGCUGUUGAUUUGCAGACGGAGAAUAAUGAGGAGACUAUUGGACCAGAGCUUGUCAAGAUUAUCCUCUUUACGAUCCCGUACAUCAUGGCAUCUUCAGCAACAGACGUCCAGGAGAAGGCCAACAGCUUGUUGGAGAAUACUGAUAUCAUUGCUUCGGAACCGCACGUCUUGCAAUCAUUAGUAGACCCAUACCCAGGGAACGGCACAGACGAAGCCACGGCUCCUAAUGGCGUUCUAAGCCUCCUCCAAAAACAACUGCAGAAUGAGGCUACAAGUGGAUGGGAAUUGGUCUGUCUUCCGAGACCCUGGAAGGUCCUGUUGGAAUCCGACCAAGUAGAUCCUCUCGCGCUGGCCCCUAAACACACCCUACCCGCCAUUAUCAUCCCAGAGGUGGUCAACACUGGCCCGAGAGCACUCUUUCCAGAGCUUUACUUCUCGGUCUAUGCUAACCAGGACAUUGAGACGGUGCCGUCCAUGGCGAACAUUGCAUCUUGUUUGUUACGGGAUGCUUUGGUAGACACCAUCAACAUCCUCGAUUAUAACAGAAAUGCUACCUCCCGCUUUCUCAUUGACAUCGACUGUUAUUUUUCCCCGGGCACUUUUGUAAAGCGAGCUACUCCAUUCGAUAGGCUCAGAGAUUUGGCUGAGGGAAAGUCUACUUGGAAACCAGAAGAUGUCGCAGUCGACGCUGUCUUCUCGCAGCUAUUUCAACUACCUAUUCCAGAGCACAAGCUGGUCUAUUACCAUUCCUUACUGACCGAGUCUUGCAAACUUGCUCCAGCUGCUAUUGCACCCAGUCUUGGUCGAGCAAUCCGUUUCUUGUACCGGAACGUAGACUCUAUGGAUCUCGAGCUGAGCUACCGACUGAUGGAUUGGUUCUCUCAUCACCUGAGCAACUUUGGAUUUACUUGGAAGUGGACGGAAUGGAUCGAUGAUGUCGAACUCCCUGCUGUAAACCCAAAGAAGGCAUUUAUUGAGGGUGCUUUGGACAAAGAGAUCCGAUUGAGUUUUGCUCAACGUAUCAAAAAUACACUACCCGAGCCGUACCAGCAGCUGAUUGCUAAGGAGAAGGAGAAAGAUACUCCCGACUUCAAGUACGACAACGAUGAUACCCCAUUCGCUCAAGAAGGCAAAGAAAUAUGGGGCCUUUUGCGCAAAAAAUCACCAGAAGACCAAAUCCAGCCCAUCAUCGACCGCAUCCACGCUCAAGCCAUUGAGAUGAACCUCCCCGACCCCCUCGUGGCCUCCACAGAUGCCUACAUGACCUCCAUCUGCUAUGUCGGCUCCAAAUCCCUGUCCCACGUCCUCUCGUCCAUCGAGCGCUGCAAAGAGCGUCUUCUAGCCGUGGGAGCCCAGUCAUCAGAAGCUCGAAAACAAAUCAUCGAUUCCGUAAUGGGGUACUGGAAAGACCAACCGGGAGUAGGUGUUAAUAUUGUUGAUAAGCUACUCAACUAUACUAUUCUGUCGCCCAAUAGCGUUAUCGAAUGGGCUCUCGCCAAAGAAGGAACACGUCUAAGCCUACCAUAUGUCUACGAAAUGGUCUCCGCGACGAUCGGAAAGGUGACGGGGCGCGUGAGACAAGUAGUGCGCGCCAAGAACGUGCCUGGUCAACUGCCUGAGGUUAGCCUGGGCAUGGAGCAGACUGUAGAACGGGAAAGGAAGAGCAUGAAGGAUUUGUUUCAGUUAAUGGAAGAGGCGCUUGUGGGAUGGGCGACGGGCAGUAAAGAUCAGGCGAUGCAGAGCGGUGAUGGGAGUACGAGCGAUGAAGCUAUGAUUCGGCAGUGGGGAGAGCGCUGGUUGAGGGUUUUUAGGAGGAAGUUUGCUGUGGAGGAAGCGUGGUUUCUAGAAACGGAGAGGGUUGGAGUUGAGGAGAGUGUGGCUGGGGUGGAGGUUAUCGAUGGUGUGGGAGUUGGAAACGGAAAUGGAAAUGGUGCUGUUGAUGGGAAUGGGAGUGCGGAGGUUGAGAUGGUUGAGUAG